AUGACUGCAAGCUCGGCUGCUCUGCAUCCCGCGGUCCUUGUCGUCUGUGGCCCCGCGGCCUCGGGCAAGAGUUCCAUAGCGCAGGCACUGGCCGAUGAGUUUGGGUUUCAGUACAUCGAAGGUGAUAGUCACCACCCCCAAAGCUCCAUCGACAAGAUGAGUGCUGGCAUCCCGCUGUCUGAUGACGAUAGGUGGGACUGGCUGGUUGGGCUCCGGAAACUUGCCAAGAAGGACCUUUUAGCAGGCCACCGUGGCGUCGUCGUGUCCUGCAGCGCCUUGAAACAUGCCUACCGAGAUGUCAUUCGGGUCUUAACCGACGAGCAACCAGGUGUCUUACUGCGCUUCGUCUAUCUCAAGGUCAGCCCCGAGGUCCUGCUUGCCAGGAUCCAGUCAAGAAGCGGCCACUUCAUGAAGGAUAGCAUGCUCAAGAGCCAGCUGGAUAGUCUCGAGGAGCCACUGACGGGCGAGACAGAUGUCAUUACUGUCGACGCUGAUGUCGGGUUGUCUGACGUCACCAACAACGUGAUUGCCAGUGUGCGAGCUUCUACCACCACACGGUAG